AUGGCUGUUUAUGAAGACCCUUAUGAUCACAAUUACAAUGCUCUUCCACCUCCGCUCGUUAUUACCGAAACCGCUGUUCAGAUAGCUACCGAGAUCAAGACUGUUACACACACGGAGCACCACACGGUCGCUACUCAAGUCACGGUUCCUCCUCCUGCAAACACUCGUCGCGUUGCAUCUCCUACUCCCGAGUUGGUCUCUGCUUCGUCUCCGACGACGAACAUACCCCGUACUACAGCCGUAGAGGUUGUCGUCGAGGAACCAAUUUUUAUUGAGCGGGAAGAAGAUGAGACCGAAACAGUCACUGUUGUCCGUAACUCGCGACCGAGGCGGCGCGCGAGAUGGUGGUGAAACUGUGGUGCUGUGGCCGACCCUGUCGCUACGCGUGUCGUCUUGCUUUGAUCUACGAUGUUUUCAACGAUUUCACCUUCAUUUUUCCCGCGACCUGCUUUGCUUUGCUGCGAUUUCCAAGCAUCUACGAGCUGUACUAGGAAUUCCCCUCCCUCUUACGUGUAUGAUCUUCGCGACGCAUGUAUCGAUACUUCUUGAACUGUACUCAUGCGACACGACUAUCUGAUGUUUGGAGAACGUCAGCAUGGCCUUUACGACUUUCCAGCUUGCCUUACUGUUUUAUUCUUAACGACGACGACGAUUGUCUUGUGUAGACUAGCAAUGGAACUACAUAAGAAUAUCUCCAGA